AUGACGUCCCAUAAACCCCACGGGACAGUCCCCAGUCCCAUAAAGGAGAUCCACAAAGAAGCCGGAGUCCACUCCAAAUCCCCGAUUUCCGCAAUAUCGACCGAAAGACGCGGCUCCUCAUUCAGUCGUUUCAUCGCAUCCCUCUUCGGCUCGAAGAACCCUCUAGCGCAACCAGCUUCCCCACGCAAUAACACCGUCUGGCUACUCGACAACACAGCCUACCAGCCAGUAAAUGACAGCACAGACGAGAAGCCGACGCACUGGCACGCGGAAGUCGUCGCCUGCAUCUUUGAAUCAGAAAGCCGAGAAGACGUUGGAAAGCUAGUCGCCUCCAUCGCCGACCACAUCGGACUAGACGGGGAGGUCGGCGCCGACGCCGAAGCCCGCCAUCGCAUCGAACAGCGCGUCCAGCCAUUCCUCAACCAGAUCUCGCCGUCGCGCACGGUGACACUGCAAGUUCCCGUCUCCCGAACACAGUCACACGGUCUGGGUCCGUCCGACCGCCACGGCAUCAUCAGCCAGACAAUCGACAUGGGGGAUGUGAGCGUUGACGGGAUCCGGGAUGGGACGGUGUUGCGGCCGCGACUGCGGGAUUUCGGCGACGAGGCGGUUGUCAUGAGUACGAGGUUUGCGGCGCCGGAGGGAUGGCUCGUUAUCUCUGAUAUCGACGAUACGAUCAAGCAUACGAUGACGCUGGAGCCGACUGGUGUGAUGCGGACGACGUUUGCGGAUGUGCCGAGACCCGUGGCUGGGAUGCCUGAGUUGUAUAAGUAUGUCGAUCGGGAGUUGAAUCCGACGUGGUUCUAUCUCUCGGCGUCGCCGUAUAAUCUUUAUCCGUUUUUGCAUGAUUUCGUCGAUGAGCAUUACUGUCCUGGCACACUGGUGCUGAGGGAUUACUCCUGGAUGGAUAUCACGGGCUUGAUCAAGUCUUUCACGGAAAAGACGCAGGAGUACAAGACUGAGCGUAUGGAGAGGAUUCAUCGCUGGUUCCCAAGGAGGAAGGUGCUUUGUAUUGGGGAUUCGACGCAGAAGGAUCCUGAGGCUUAUGCCGAGAUUUAUGCUCGGUAUCCUGGGUGGAUUCAUGCGAUUGUCAUUCGCAAGGUUACAGAUGUGGCGCAUAUGGAAGAGAAGAAUCUGCCUGAGAGGUUUGAGGAGGCGUUUAAGGAUGUGCCGUCGCAUCUUUGGACGGUGGCUGAGGAUCCGAAGGAGUUUUACGAUUUUGUUGAUGGGCUGGGGAUGGAGGAACAGGCUUUGUAG